GGCGCGCAUUAAGCGCGUGACAACAAAAAAGCUCACUGAAAAUGGUGAAGAUGAUAACAUUUCAUUAUACAUUAACUUUAUUAAUGAAGUUACUCAUUCGUUGUCAACGUCCGGAAGUAAAAAUGAAUAGUAUACCUGUAAAUGAGAAAUAUACUUUCGCUGUACUGAACUCGAAGAACGUGAUGAUUUGAAAAGUGUCACUGAUGAAUAAGACCACGUGUUACUAGUAGCACCAUCCCCUGUUGAUAAUAAGUUACGGAUGAAAAUUCCACCGGAAAACCCCAUCCGGUCAUUUGACGUAUGCAGUUUCUCUUGGCUAAUCUGGGAAGCGUUACUAAAUUUAGCUCAACUGAUCUGCAUUGCAUAAAAAGGCCGAGAAAAAUGUUCAACAUUGAAGAAACCAAGCGACCUCAAAGAAGAGGGCAGCGUAACAACUCUCAAAACUUCUGUCUGAGAAGAUCUUCGUACAGCUUACUCCAGACAUACUAUGGGUGCAGCGUUCAACAACGCUCUUUCUUCUCUCUUGAAAAAAGCUCAUGUGACAAGGAUGAUAGCUGUGGUACUACUCCUGGUGUUUUGCGGGACCAGUGCAGGGCCCAUCCCAGCUACAAGUUCCGACUUCCCGAAGCAGACUCCGUUGGAAGUGCUAAUGAACUCCCGAACCCUAACCUUGAGACUACACGAAAAAGCAACGGCCGCCUACGAUGCGUUUAUCGAGGACGAAUUCAAAGGCAACUUUGGUUACUGUGCCGAGCAAAUCACAUGGGAAGAACUCAUCGACAUCAGAAUGACUACGAUUGAGUGGAGAGCAAUGGAGGAUGAAGAGCGCCUCCAGCGACUUCGCCGUGACCUGCAGGUAUUCGGUCUGUACCUACAGGAGGUAAAGCUAGACGAACUGGACAAGGACGGUCAUACGGACACCGCUGACACGGUGGAGGCGACAAUUCACCAGCUCAACGGGCUCAUGACAGCCAUUGUAGUCACAAACAACGUUUUGGGCUUUACAUCUUCCGACGACGUUUCUGAGAUCAUGUCAACCACUCUACAGGAUCCUCCUGGUGAGUACGCCCGCUCCAUCCGAGAUUGCGUGGUGCUUCGGGAGUUCAAGAGCUUGGUCUACAGAGUCCACAGGGACUUCACGAUCCUGACUGCCAAGUACCGCAGAUAAGUAACACUAAAUUCUCGCGAGAAUCCACGUGGAUGUCACGUGAUUACACGACGUAUGCUUCAAAAGCAUCAAAACAUAUAUCUUUCAUUGACAUGAAUCCUAUUGUAUAGGGUUCAGAAAAUGUAAAAUGUUAGCUCUCAUUUCGAGCUGUCAUCAGCUCCAAACUAUUUUGAUGAUUAUUGUAAUUUUUACAAUGUGAAAACCAGAAUCAAUAGGUGCUACAACCUUUACUAUUAUGACUUGAAAUAGACUUGAAUAGAUAAAUGUCAUUUGAUUGAGUUAGUUUACACACAAUGAUAUCCUUGGCAGCUAGAGAAGCUAGGUAAAAUAUUUUAUAACGUCCUUGGUAAAAUAGAACAAAGUGGAAUUAACUUGGUGUCGUUGGAAAGAAAUCAACAGAGAAUUAACUGACGACGUAUCAAUUUCAUAUGAAGAUGCUGCUAUUUAGUCAUUAUAAUAGUAUUUAUACUGUUGCAUGUUUUGCAUGUGUGAUAUUCGAGGCUACAGAAGAUAUGUAUCCUUAGUGUGUAGAGAUGAAACAAAAAAGGAUUUUUGCUUGAAAAUACUGUUCAAAUGUUACCAUGUCUAUUUAUUGCACUAAAUACUCAGCAGUGAUGCCAACAUAUCUCAACCGGUAUUACAGUUGAAAUGUGCCAUGUAUUGUUUAUCCAUGUUAAGUACUGCGUUGCAAUGUCUAAAUUGUUUCUGAAUUAUAUCUUGUUCACAUAUUGUA